ACCACUCAACAUGGCACAACCUUCUACACAUCCAGAUAAAAGAAUAUCCAAAUCACGAGCAUUCAAUGCAUCGGUAUUAACAUUGCUCACCGUAUUGGUUUUUCUCAUGCUUGUAUACCAUCUCAUAUGGGCCAUCAAGGUCGUGUAUUACCAACCAUAUGGAAACUUGCUUAACAAUUUAGUUUACGGACCAGGUACACUCGUUGCUAACGUUGGGAUAAGUUCCAAGUUAAUUAGAUAUAUUAAUGCUAAAUUAGUCGAAGAUAAGAUCGAACCCGAUUACAAGAAAUACAUAUAGAGCGCUAGUUUGUGGUUGUUACCGAGUGAUUAUCGCAAUACAUCUGUAACAAGUCGGGUUCGAGAAUGUACGAUUGAGUUGCCAACCACUGCUUGAGUUCAUCUAUUCGGAUAGGUUCAUAAGAAAGUAUUCUAUCAUACCAUAGUUGAUCUGACCGGAUUAGCUGGGUGAGUUUGAUGAAUACGCUUUGUUGGAAAGUUUGUUGUGUAUCGAGAUUAGUUAGAUUUAUUGGAUCAAUAAAAUGCGUUAUAUUAGUC